GGAGAUGAUAUUGAGAUGCCUUGUGCUUUCCGGGCCAGCGGAUCCACCUCUUACUCCUUGGAAAUCCAGUGGUGGUAUCUUAAAGAACCCGCACGAGAGCUUGCCCACGAAUUAGCCAUCAGUGGCCCCGGGAGCAGAACUAAGGUAGCAAAUAAAGAUGCAACGAAGAUCAGCACCGUGCGCGUCCAGGGCAACGACAUCUCCCACCGGCUGCGGCUCUCCGGGGUGCGGCGGCAGGACGAGGGCGUGUACGAGUGUCGAGUGUCGGACUACGGCGACGAAGACACGCAGGAACACAAGGCACAGGCGCUGCUGCGCGUCCUGGCGCGCUUCUCCCCGCCCGACGUGCAGGCGGCCGAGGCGGUCUCGCACAUCCAGAGCAGCGGCCCGCGCAGAAGCAGCCCGUCCGGACGAGCCACGGACGAGCCGGGCCUGGGGGACAAGCGCCUCCUGCCAGCGCAGAGCGAGGCCGCCGCCUCUUCUUCUUCCUCCUCCUCCUCGGCAGCCUCUGUCCCCGCCGCGGCCUCCUCGUCGUCGUCGUCGUCCUCCUCUGCCUCGUCCUCCAACUCGAGCACCACGACUAUUGUGGCGGCGGCGGCAGCGUCGUCGGCCUCCCCUCCGCCGGGUAAAGCGACCAUCCUCCGCCAGCAGCAUGGAUCAGGUACAGAGCCAAUUUAUGUGACAGAUCCUUUCCUCUGUACGUUCCUGUUAGUGUUGCAUAAGCUUGUACACUUAUUCUUAAACCACUGA